AUGGACAGCAUCCAAAUCAAAGAAAACACCAAGAAAGCCUACGACAAUAUCGCCCCUACCUAUCUACAAUGGACCCAAAACCCCUUCUCCCAACGCAUGUCGUACCUUAAGCUCCUCGCUCCCCAUCUCACCGAACGCAAAGAGACCCACGAAAAGGCACGCGUUCUGGAACUAGGCUGUGGGCCCGGUGUCCCCGUCACCGAGUACCUCGCAUCGCUGGGCACAGUCCAGAUCACCGCCAACGACAUCUCCAGCGCACAGAUAGAUCUGGCAAGAGCCCAUCUACCGCCGUCCGUGCGUCUGAUCCAGGGCGACAUGAUGGACCUGCAGUUCGAGCCGGAAGAGUUCGACGCAGUCCUCGCUAUGUAUUCCGUCAUUCAUCUUCCACGAGAAGAGCAGACCACAAUGCUUGGGCGGAUCUUUGGCUGGCUCAAGCCCGGCGGCCUGGCAUUAAUCAAUUUCUCGGCUGGGGAGAUCGUCGCUUCGAGCGAUCCGUCAUGGCUCGGUGCAACCGAGGGCUCGGUGUUCUGGAGCGGAUGGGGAGAGCACCGGACAAGGGAAAUCCUCCGGGAGAUGGGGUUCGAGUUGAUUCAAGAUGAUGUUGUUGUUGAUCCGGAAGAUGGGGGCGCUUUUCUGUGGGUUCUGGCGAAAAAGGUGGCAUAA